AUGCCCUCGUCUAAAGCUAUUCCUAACUCGAUUCUGGUGCUGAGGAUCUUCACUCUUUUAUCAUUAGUUGGUUCCGGGGUGCUGCUCGUUCUUGAUAACUUCACACUUGAGGAUGGUACCGAAACACAUUUCUAUGAUAUCCUUUCAUUCAGGUUUAUGCUCUCCACAGCAGCAAUUGGAGCAGCAUACACGCUAUUUCAGUUACCUUUCGGUAUAUAUUAUGCCCUCACCGAAAAGAGGUUGAUACGUAACGAAUGCAUGCCGCAGUUUGAUUUCUACGGUGACAAGUUUAUAUUUCCAGUGCUGGCAGCACCAGGCGGCUUUCCAGAGUCAGAGUUGGAUGAAGCACAAUCCAAGAAUAGUAGCUUCUUUGACAAGGCAAUUAUUGCUACUGGAAUUUUGUUGUUUGGAGCCGUUUGUAUGUCUGUCGUUUCAGUGCUUUCUUCCAUCACUCGAACCUCCAACAGAGGUUACUUCGGAUAA